AUGCCAUUUUUCAUUACAGUUCCCGAAUCGCCACCACAUGGCAUGGAAGCUAUACAAUUCAAUCGCACCUCUGUCUUUUUGAAAUGGCAGCCACCGUAUCCCAACAAGACUCGCAAUGGCAUCCUUACCAACUACAAUGUAAUUGUCAAAGGACUUGAUGCUCACAAUACAACACGCAUCUAUAAAAAUAUGACAAUUGAUGCCAGUUCACCAACAUUGCUGCUGGCCAAUCUGACUACCGGUGUUACCUAUUACAUUGCCGUUGCGGCGGCCACUCGUGUCGGUGUGGGUCCAUUCAGUAAGCCGGCUGUAUUGCGUAUGGAUCCUAGAACACAAUCAUUGGAUACAGGCUAUACAAGAUAUCCCAUCAAUCGUGAUAUUGCCGAUGAUUUUUUAACGCAGACGUGGUUUAUCGUUUUACUGGGCUCCAUAAUCGCUAUUAUAGUUUUUCUAUUUGGUGCAUUGGUGUUAUUUAAACGAUAUCAGUUCAUCAAACAAACAUCGUUGGGGAGUUUACAUGGAAAUCACGCAAUCGGUGCCGUAAGGAAAUUCCCCACAUUACCCUUAAAUGCCAAUGGUGUUUGGAUCGACCCAACAGGCGGUGUUUGGCGUCAGGCCAACAACAGCAGCAGUACAACAAAGGAGCAAUUGCCAGAUUACGCACAAGUUACGGGACAGGCCACAUCACAGUCCCACCACAACAAUCAUCAACAACAACAGCAACAAAAUCAGCCUAACAUGCCAUUGCCGGAUUAUGAAAGACUUACACCACUAAAUAUGCCGGAUUAUGCUGAAGUUGCAUGUUCAACAUUUAAAACACCAAAUGGCGGAAGUGCACAUGCAACGUUAUUGCAACAACAGCAGCAGCAACUACUUGCCAACAAUAAGGCCUAUCAGCAGCAACAGCAGCAACAACAAUCUCUCUAUGAUAGUUGUGGUGCCUAUGCAACAACAAAUCUUGUGGCAAAUGCCAAAUUAUAUCAAAAUCGUGGAAACGGAACGAACACAGCCACAUCCUCGAUUAAAACGAACCAAGGCGACCGGGCAUCAGGUGAUAUUUUAGAUGGACUUCGAGACCGGGGAAAUGAACAAAAAUUAUUGUCCUCAUCAACAAUGCGCUCGAACAACAACGAUGAUUAUCGUUCGACCAUGGGCAGUAUUACAUCCAGUCUCUAUUCAGCACCACCUAGCAAUCAUUACGGCGGCGGAGGUGGCGGCAGUAUAAUGGGUAUGGAUAACAAUGCCUUUGGCAACAAUCUGUUAUCGACAUUCCCCGAUAAAAUGACAGCCAGUACAGCAUCCACGGCCAUUUUGUCGGCCUCACCAUCCAAGUCAGUAACGGGCUCAUCGUCACAGAAAAAAUCCACAACAUCCUCAUCGACGUUGGCAUCCUCGACGUCAAAUACGACGGCGACUGGCAAUAAAAUCAACAUUACCGAGAAUCGUUUUGAUUUGAUGAACAAUGAGCCAUUGCAGCCGACACGUUUAAAUCCUUUUAAUACGAACAGCAUGCAAUCACAAAGUCAAAGGCAACAGCAACAACAACAGCAGCAAUUGCAACAACAACAAUUGCUGGUGGCCAGCAAUGCAUUGAAACAGGGGCUGGGUGCCUAUGCCAAU